CACUAUUUGUCCCUAACAAAUAUAAGUCACCUAUAUCCUCUGCAAGUAGUGUGAAUACAUUUAGUAAUUUCCCAUCUACCGCUACUCUCACCUUCUUCCUCUGUUUCGUAUGUUUCAUUGUAUCAUUUAUUACUGAGUUUUUGUGGUGGAUGGGAGAUAAUGACACUUCUUUUGAGAUGCCUCCAGAGUUCUCGUAGGCAUUCGAAUAUAAUAACAAAAGUCACAGGCUUCUCUCAUAGAAGCUACACAACUGAUGGCCGUACUCGAUUAUCAAAUUUCUUCAUUCCAACCGGCGGCAUAGACGAUGCCAUCGAGAAGCAAGGAAAGGGCGUUGCCCUCUUAGUGAAAGCUGGCUUCAUACGACAGGCCCGCUCCGGUCUCUUCCAUUUCUUACCACUCGGCCUCCGCGUUCUAAGCAAGCUAGAGGGACUCAUCGACAAGCACAUGACCGGCCUUGGCGCGUCCAAACUCUCUCUAUCGUCCAUCACGACGGAGAAAUUAUGGAAGACGAGCGGACGCUACGAGGACGGUUCGGAGCUCUUCAAGAUCAAGGAUCAUAGGGAUUCGAAAUUCCUGCUUGCGCCGACUCAUGAGGAGGAGAUUACGGCUCUGGUAUCGGACCUUUGCCGGUCCUACAAGGACUUUCCGCUGCGUCUGUACCAAGUCUCGAGAAAGUAUCGGGACGAGAAGCGGCCGCGUCAGGGACUACUUAGGGCCAAGGAGUUCAUCAUGAAAGACCUGUACACGUUCGAUGCAAACGAGGCUGCUGCAUUGGCGACGUAUAAUGAUGUCGUAGAAGCAUAUAAGUCGUUGUUCAAUGAGCUCGGCCUCGACUACCGCGCUGCUUUUGCUGACUCUGGUAACAUGGGCGGCAAACUGAGCCAUGAGUUUCACAUGCUGUCUCCGGACGGUGAAGAUAAGCUGUUCAUCUGCAACAAUUGCGAAUAUACAGCCAACGAGGAAGUGGUGGAGAAGGUGACACGAUCAAGCGAUCACGACACGGCAUCUCCUCCCAGUAUAUCUCACUGGACUGGCAUCAGCCGUGACAGGAAGAGUCUCGUCUACGUAUUUGUGCCUGGCCCAGGCCAACAAGAAGCUACGAAGCCAUCUGAUCAGUCGCCAGCGAGCUACAGCCACAUAGACUUCCGCGCAGUGAAGUCCGUCUUUCCAGAGCUCGACACCGCACUUGAUCCCAGCACCAACGUAGAAAGGAUGUGGAACAGCGAGGCAUCCGAAUGCUCAGUCGUCCACAUCUACGACUACCGCGUCGCAGCAAUGCGCGCACAGGCCUUACAGCCUCCCAUACGCGUCCCAACACUCUCUCUAGAGUCUCACGACAACAAACCCCUUCAUCUCACCCGGGCCCGGGACGGCGAUAGCUGCCCCAAAUGCUCAGACGGGAAGCUAAGCACCCAACAGGCCAUCGAAGUCGGGCAUACAUUCCACCUGGGAACACGCUACAGCGAACCCUUCGCCGCAAGGGUACUCCUACCAGGCGAGCGCAAACCACAGGCGCUGCAAAUGGGUUGUCACGGCAUUGGAGUCAGCCGCCUCAUUGGUGCGAUUGCUGCUGCUUGCCACGACGAGCGAGGUCUGACAUGGCCGGAAGCUAUUGCGCCGUUCCAUGGCGUGAUUAUAGCGAAGCCUGAGUUCAUGGAUGCUGCUCGAAAGUACUAUGAUGAUGUUAUGGCGAAGUCCGGGGUCGAUUGGGUCAUUGACGAUCGGCCACACAAGUCUGUGGCUUGGAAAUUGCGCGAUGCGGACCUUAUUGGAUUCCCUACAAAAGUUGUUUUGGGCGAUCGAUUUCAGCAUGAAGGGGCGAUUGAUGUCAUUCAUAGGAAGUAAACGAAGGAGAGGAGGAUAGAAGGACAGGUUCUGUCGUAAAAGAUUUCGCUGCGAGUUCUGCCCUCGAUCAAAAAUCAAAGUCUUUCGCAGCCAGAGGGGGAUUAGUGUAACAUAUAUGUAAUAACGUCUGUACAAUUAGGCUCAAUUUGUACCAUAUCUAACUUCUGAUGACCCAUAA